CAAAACGACGUGAUAAUGGAAGCAGAUCACGUCCUAAAGUCAUGCAAACAUCAUAAAAUCUGUUGGCAUGAGACAAACAUAGGUGAAUGUGUUAGUCGAUGCGGCUCUAUUGCAACUCACUCUGCUCUAUCGCGAGUGGAUGAUCAAUAUCAUAUCCUCACAUUCAAGUGUAUUGCUUACCCAUUGUAUCAACUAUGAAGGAAUCAACCCCGGGCCUUUUUACGCAACCUAUCGUCACGAAGACCCCACAGUGGACCACCUGUCAAAAUUGGUAAUCAAAGCGAGAUGAACAAAGACAUGCCACUAAGCUUGCACACCGACCUAUUAUAGGCACUGUGGACAGCUGUGGACGUCGAACGCGCCAAAGCCGUCCACAGUACUGGAGAUAUAAAGAUGCACCUUGCAGUGUCGACGGAGGCUACCACAAAUCGCUCACUCUUCCCUGCGUCUUUCUUCCUUGACUUCGGCCUUGCAAUAAUAUGACCAUCCAAACAGUCACGAAGUGCUCCGGUAGCGCUGUUUCGAUAAACAUCACCGACGGUCCGGCACUGUCCCUUACAAACAGACUCACCCCCGCCGAGCGAAAGGCCUUUGGUAAUUCAGAUCACAAGGCUGCCAAAAUCCUCGGUAUUACACUCACAACGCAAUCACCCUGGACCAGGAUGGGAGCCUUGCUACAGUCCUCAUCUGCAAAUGAAGAGGUUUCCCAAGUUUACGACAAGCUGGGAGAGAUGAUGGCUCUCGGUAGUCGCAGUCCAAGCGCUGUGACCAUCUUUAAGCCACGCAAGGGCCUAGUAAUGGACUUGAUAGAGAAGAACAAGAAGCGCAGAGUGGCUAGGGAGUAUACACAACGCGUGGUCUUGGGACCCUUACGCUUCAAUGAGCCACCUGUCGAGGAAGGCAAAGAAUUGUCAACUACCGUCAACGACGACGGCGCAUUGACAAAAAGACCUCUUGCAUGCAAAUGUCAAGCGAGAAAUAACGAAGAUCUAUUGGGUAGUUCAAGAGAUUUUGUUUGGGACGUCCAAAAUCCAUUUGCCACACCUCCCAAUGCCGUCCUUCGGCAAUAUUGCAAGACAAUGCAGCUCGGUGAAAUGAUUGGACCUUUGGAUAUUGCACCGCCGGUGGCAUCCCUCGGCUACACAACUAAUUUCGAGCCAUCACCUGAAGAGAUUUCGGCACCCCAUUCUGAUGACUCGUUUGACAACAUUCUUCGUCCUGCGGAACAAGCUUACCUGGAUUUUUUGAUUGCACAAGACGAAGCUGAGGAGCAUCCAAUGGAGAGGAGAAGGCAAAGAAGGGCAGCAGUGCGGUCGAGGAACAAAAUACUGGAUGUGUUGGGAGCGGAGGCGCGACAAGCUGUUGAUGGGCAAUGUUAGCCACUUCUGUUGGAAUAUGAUGUUUGUAGUAUGAUAUUCGAUCACUGUAACACUAACAGAUAGGUACUCACAAAAACUUACCUGAAGCAUAAAGAGCGGGAUGUCGGAAAACCAGUAGAAUCAACGACAAGUACAAUGGCGUGACAC